GGCAAUUGAUUCGACUAUCCUAUCUGAUCAUAUAUUUCGCCUAUUGAAAUAUAUUACCCCUUUAUUGAAGUCGCCCUCGACUUGAUAUCCGCCUAUCAAAUAACAAUCAGAAACACCGCUACAUAAUUCACUACAUAAUUAACAUAACGGAUAUCCACGCUACUACCGACAUGCCUAACAACGCUCACACCCCAAGCCCUGAGGUCGAGCUGCCUAAGCGCUCGGCACCUAUCUUAAUGUUAUUAAACCGCAACCUCGAGACCCCAGAGGGCUCCGCCACCCCACCGAACACCAACACAGAGACUAGCACACCUCCAUUGGGGCCAGUAAGAAUCAAGCGCAAGUACGAUGAGGCCUUCGGCACGCCGCCGGAGUUGCCUGAAGAAGAGGACGAGGACCAAACGGGCCGCUCGAUCAAGCGUUGCCGUAUGGUUAUGGUUGAGACUCCUUCCAUCAUAGAGAGAAUGUACGCUUCUGCUUCUAACGCUAUCACCCCCCCUGAGGAGCAUCCCGAUACCACUGCUACUGCUACUACUACUGCUGCUGUCGCUUCCCCCGAGGACGACUCCGAUUUAAGCGACAGCGACGAUGUCUCCGUGGAUGACUUGGAGCCAAUUGACCCCGAAGAUCUUGAUCUUAUAAUCGACGCUGACUUCGUGAGCCUGAUCGCGGAGGUAUAUCCCGAUGUGUCCUACAGCGGGGUCGGCGGUAUGACGUCUGUUGGCCUGGAGACCAUCGCUGGGCUCUACGCGCCGGAGGAGAUGGUUAAUAGGGAUGAAGAUGACUCGGAGGAGGAAGAGGAGGUGGAAGAGAUUGAGGAGGUAGAAGAGGUGGAGGAGGUAGAAGAAGUGGAAGAGGAGGUCAAGGAGGAUGAGGAAGAUGAGGACUCCUCCUCGGACGACGACUCCUCGGAAGAGGAUGACGAGGAAGAUGUCUCGGAAGAGGAGUAAAGCUCCCUAUUUCUUAAUAGGAUGCUAAAGUCUGGCUUAUGACAACAUGAAGCCAUGAAGCGUAAGCGAUGGAUUGCGGGACUGGAGUUGCAUUGUUACUUUCAUGUUUUAUGUUACCAUCAUGGUCUCAUGGGCCAACAUAUUGUUUUAACUUGGUGGCUGUUUAUUAACACGGAGGAAGUUUUCAUGUUUGGCUUAGGUCUUGAAUAGGAGGAUAUAAUUGCAUUGGACGGAUACUGGGUCCCCGGGUUUUGGGUUACUAUUUAUACAUAGUGCCUUUUGGGAUAUACGGAUAAUACAGAUAUC